CGGUGUCAGCUGUAAAUUUUCAAUUCAGAGAAAGUGUAAUGUAUCACCUCAUCAUAUGUAUAUUGCGAGGAAAAGUGAAAAUUUAAGGGGAUACCUAGUGGUUAAUCGGUGGUGAUAACGUGAUAGUCGCUGCUUGAAAUGGUUGCGGGAAUUCGUGGCGACUGGUUUCGCCUCAAAUUGUUGUUCUCUCCCAAAAUCGCUGAAAUUCGCCAGUUUUGCUCGAAUGAAGGUCCCGCUGGUGAUUGCUUUUGGCUACUGGAUAUGUUCUUGCUUCUGUCAGGGAUACGCAGCAACGCCACAUCUAAAUGGAUAGGCGAGCGCACGGUUCGCUAUUCUGUAAAUGGUUUGUUCAUUUAUCAAUCAAUUAUUGCCAUUCUCCAUUUGAUUUACGCUUUCAAAAACGAUAAUAACGAACUAUUGGGAAUAGUUUUCCACACAAUGAAAGCAUCAGGGCUCUUCGUAGCGGGCGCAAAAGUUUCGCUGGUUGCGUAUUUCGAAACAUCAAUAGCAAACGUGAGAAAUAUAGUUGCCGGAAACCGUAUUUUCUCUGGAGAUGACACAUACGAUAAACUUGAGCAAAAGCAGUUCAACCAGUCGGCUCGCAAAAUGAUGCGUGUUUUGUACGCCCUAUUAAUCAUAGACGCCAUUUUUCUAUGUAUCCCUUGUGCUGCUACGAAAAAAUUGUUCACCUUGCCGCCUCCACUUCUUAGGGCAGGUCCUUUUCUCUCCUCAGUUCUAUAUGUUUCUUCCGCUCAGCUUUUGGUCUUAGGUGCUGUUCCAAAGUUCUUCUCCAAUAUGGCAUGCAUUGGAACGCUCAUAAUUGGAAUGCGUAUGAGGCUUAAAAUCUUGGCUCAUCGAUGGGAAUGCAUUUUAAACUACCCUAUUGAAAGUCUAAAAUUCUACUUCGAGCGUAUGGAUCGGGAGGUGAGGACUGUUGUGGAUCAACAGAUGGAGUAUUGUAGACAGCUGCAAACUUUAAAGAAUCUGGUUGAGAAAUCAUUCUUUAUAGUUCACUACUACUCACUGUACAGCAUUGGAUCGUGUUUCUUCGUGGCUCGUGAAUUGGGAUUGAAUGUUUUGACAGGAGUCAUCUACGCAUCCGUAUUUGCAUACCUGUUGAAACACUAUUUAUGGUGCCAUCUGGUUGAUUCACUUCAGGAUGUUGCUGAUACGAUUGGGGAUGUGAUUUAUGUGCACUGCGCACAGAUGCCUUACAGCCGCGAGUACCACGCACAGUACGUGCAAUUGAAGGCUUCAUUGAUGAUAAUAUGGUUCAACACUAUCAAUGGAGUUUCUAUUCAGUGUAUGGGAAUGUUAAAUAUUUCAACAGCUACGUUUGUCGAUUUGAUAAACAUCAUUUACUCGGUAUUGACAUUUCUGAUUAAUUUGGCUUAGGUCACGAGAAUUCGCGAAUUCUACUCUCGUUAGAUUGCAAGAUGAGAAAUUGAAAGCAAUUAAAUUUAAAAUAGUAGGAAAUGAAAACUUGUCAAUGUGAAUUCAUGUUACAAGUCUCUUUAACAAUCAAAAAAGUAUAAAUUUAUUUGGUUAAACAUUAAAUUGUCAAUAACACCAUAUUCACAUUUUAUGCUAUAACCAGAGCCGUAGCGUAGUCUCACGGCACUCUUGGCAAAACGUCUUUUGAGCGCCCCUCCAGUGUUUUGUAUAGGGUAUAAAUUCCACUCCGUUGAAAUUCUGCAAGAAGCAUGUUUCAAAUUUCUGUUUUAAGAGAGUUACGUGCAGGUUAUUUUAAAGAAAUUUCAAUGUAUUUUUUAUUAAAUUCAUGUUUACAUAA